AUGCUGUUACAUGACCCUAAUGAAGUCCCCAAAGUACAGGAUCUAGGCUUUGCAGUCCCCCCUGGACAACGCUCUUUCGUCAAUGUUAAGGCAACCUAUUUUACAAAUUUGGAGCCACCCUGGGGUAAAUGCGGAGAUCUUCCUCUAACUUACAACUUCACGGAAAACACUUAUACGCAAUUUAAGUGUCAGAUGGAAUGUUUGACAGACUAUGCUGACCAUAUGUGUCAAUGCAGAGCCCCCUAUAUGCCGGAAAAUACACUGGGGUUGCCAGAGGUUUGUGAUAUCGGGACGUAUCUGUCAUGUUUAGUUGGAUCUCUUGGAGACUUACAACAGCAGUGGUCGUAUCAACAGUGCGCAAGCAAAUGUAUGCCACAGUGUACGAAAAAAUCUUACGAACCCAUAAUGUCUUUUGGGAAGAUGUCUGAGUUAAGCGUCAGUGAUUGGCUCUCCAAUACAGGCGAUACAGGGCGUAAUCUACAGGACAUAUACGAUACAGCUAUUAAUGUACAAGCCAAGACUAAUAAGUAUAUGUAUAACAGCAUCUACUCCAAGUUGUCUACGUUAUCUGCAAGCAUAACUGCAUUUCGGGAAUUCGCUGAUGAUUGGAUUAUUCACGAAUCAAUAUUCAAUAAAACCCUUAAUAUUGGUAGCACAUUUGAAGAUUUUAUUGCGAGUGAUGCCGCAAUAGUUAGAAAGUCACAAGUAGAUAUAUCUUUGUUUACCCCUGAUAGUAACAGUGGGUAUUCCCUUGAGGAUGUCAAAGGCUAUUUAGAUGCUGUAAAUGGACAUAUCUAUGCUACUAUCCUUAAUAUAUCAAAUGUAGCUUUUAAUGAUAUUGUCCAGUAUACUGAUAAUAUGUUGGUAAACUAUGCCACUCAUGUAAGUCAAACUGGUAUACAAACUGGAUGCAGCGAAUCUUAUGGAUCAGUGAGAUACCUUCUCUUGCAGUUGUCUGAGUUUGAGCAGAAUCCAACUGAUAUGGCUGGUAUUGUGGCAGAGUAUAGAACUGAAAAGGACAAAUUGCUAUCUUGUAAUCAAGAUUUCAUAGAUACUGCCAACAGUAUUGGCACAUUUAAUACCUCUGGUAAUGUGGACACCAUUGUUAACAAAUACAAAGAGAUGAUGCCCGACUAUAGAAAAAUCGAUGUCAAGAUCGAUGUCUUCACUACGCAAGCUGAGGAAAAUAUACAAAAGUAUUUCAAUGAUGAAGAAACACUGUUAGAUACUAUUGAUCUACUGGAUGAUAUUAUUGACCCACUAAAAACUGAACUUGAUGUGAUAAAAGGUGUUGUUCUCUAUGAUAGUGUUUUAGCAACAAAGAAUCUUGUAUAUGACCUGAAACUGGAUAUGAAAACUGAAUAUACUAAGAUUAUAGACUUUAUGCUAGAAAUACAGAAUUACCUCAGUCCAUCAACAGAGGCAUUUGCUUAUAGUGAAUUAAGUAUUUUUCUUCAACCAUAUCUUUACUUUAACCAGAGGGAGUAUUCCUUGAGAUUUGAUCCCAUUUCCAUGAGUGACAUCCCACUUGAACGUAUCUCAUACGUUAAGGAAAACUUUCGCACGGUCAUGGAUGCAGUCAUAGAUAACUAUUUCCAGCAACAGUUAACAGUUGUCGAUGCUUUCGAGAGUUUGUUCAUCUCUAAGAUCACAGCAGUGAAUGCUGCAUUGGCAGAUGUGGAAGGGCUUCUCACAGAAUACCAAACAAAAAGACAAAUUGAUAAAACCUUUAUUGAGAACAACUUUCUGACGAUUAAUGUUUAUUAUUCUGAGCUGAGCUACACAUCAAUUGAGCAACAAAAAGCUUUGGACGAAGGAUCUUUAAUGGGUGAGAUUGGAGGCUUCAUGGGGCUGUUUAUAGGUGGCAGCAUCAUGACACUGAUUGAAGUCUUUGACCUUUUCAUCUAUAAUGCUUUCCUGAAGAUGAAGAUGAAAAUACAAGUCGGAUCAGAUGCUUCAUUUCGGAAGGACAAUAUGACUCCAGUAUACAUAGAGGAUAUAAUAUGAUUUUUGAGAAUAAAAUAUUUUUUAAAAUAGUAUCCGUCGGAUACGAUUGGAUAUU